GAAACGGCGGCAACACCAGCAUGCCGAGGAGAAAGCAGCAAGCUCCCCGGCGCUCUGCAGAUCAUUGCCUGAAGACCAUCUGUACUUUACUUCAGUGGGACAACUGCGUCAUCAACUCAUAGAAUUUUUCUACUUUCCUAUACUUUAUCAGCGACAGAAUGUCAAAAGACUGGUACAUCCCAUGAUCUCAGCUUAUGUUCCUGAGGAAGAACUGAAAGCAGCAGAAAUUGAUGAAGACAGCGUGGAGGAUAAUGGGCUACCUCUGGACAUCCAGGAAACUGAGUACAUGUGCAAUGAUGAAACAGAGAUCAAAGAGGCUCAAAGUUACCAGAACUCCCCAGUUAGCACAGCAACGAAUCAGGAUGCAGGUUAUGGUUCACCAUUCAGUGAAAAUAGUGACCAGCUGGCUCAUUUCAAAAGCACUUCCUCCAAAGAAGAGAGAGAAGAUCACCAGUGCUCUGACAGUGCUUCCUAUCCACAGGACAGCUUGGCACAAAUAAAAGCUGUAUAUGCAAAUUUACUUUCAGAGUCUUGCUGGUCUAGUUUAGCUUUGGAUUUAAAAAAAUCAAAGAGUAAUGAAAACAGCCAAAAGGAAGAUACCACUAACAGCAACUCUAGUAUCAAUACCCCAAGUACAAGUACUAGUUCUACUACCAGUACUAACACUAGUAUCACUACAAGUAUCAGUAGUACUAGUAAUAGUAACAGUAACAGUGGUGGCUCAGGUUAUGACUGGCAUCAAGCGGCAUUAGCCAAAACUCUGCAGCAGACCUCAUCAUAUGGACUUCUCCCAGAACCUAGUCUAUUCAGCACCGUGCAGCUUUACAGGCAAAACAAUAAAUUGUAUGGUUCUGUGUUCACUGGUGCCAGUAAGUUCCGGUGCAAAGACUGCAGUGCAGCAUAUGACACACUAGUGGAGCUAACAGUGCACAUGAAUGAAACUGGACAUUACCGGGAUGACAACCGAGAUAAAGAAGCUGAAAAGACCAAACGGUGGUCGAAGCCCAGAAAGCGAUCACUUAUGGAAAUGGAAGGCAAAGAGGAUGCCCAAAAAGUGCUAAAGUGCAUGUACUGUGGUCAUUCAUUUGAAUCUUUGCAAGACUUGAGUGUCCAUAUGAUAAAAACAAAGCAUUACCAGAAAGUGCCUCUGAAGGAACCAGUACCAGCCAUCACCAAACUGGUGCCUUCUACCAAAAAGCGAGCACUUCAGGACUUAGCUUCACCUUGCUCACCUGAGCCAACAGCGAUCACUCCAGAGACAACACUUAGUGAAGCGGGAAAGGAUCAGAAAACUGCCAAUCCCUAUGUGACUCCAAACAACCGCUAUGGCUAUCAGAAUGGUGCUAGCUACACUUGGCAGUUUGAGGCCCGCAAAGCCCAGAUCCUAAAAUGCAUGGAAUGUGGCAGUUCUCAUGACACUUUGCAGCAACUUACUGCUCACAUGAUGGUCACAGGACAUUUUUUGAAAGUAACUAAUUCUGCCUCCAAAAAAGGAAAACAGCUAGUAUUGGAUCCUGUGGUAGAAGAAAAGAUACAGUCCAUACCUUUGCCGCCCACCACACAUACGAGAUUACCAGCUGCCAAUGUUAAAAAGCAGCCCGAUUCUCCUGCUGAAUCUACAACUUCUGAGGAAAAGAAGGAUCCAGAAAAGGAAAAAGUAAUUGUAUAUGAAACAGACAAAAAGAUUAAAGAAGAGAACGAGGACUCUACAGAAAAAUUUGAGUCAACAACUGUGUACCAGUAUCUCAGAGAGGAAGAUUUAGAUGAAAGCCCAAAAGGUGGGAUAGAUAUAUUGAAAUCCCUGGAAAACACCGUGACAACAGCUAUAAGCAAGGCUCAGAAUGGAGCACCCUCGUGGGGAGGUUAUCCCAGCAUUCAUGCAGCUUACCAGCUUCCAGGGACUGUAAAACCCAUUCAGCCAGCUGUGCAGAGUGUUCAGAUGCAGCCGUCAUAUUCUAACAGCGUAAAGUCAUUGUCUUCAGAACACACUGCACUGAUCCAUUCGCCUGGGAACCUGACACCACCACCUCACAAAAGCAAUGUCUCUGCAAUGGAGGAGCUAGUGGAGAAGGUGACAGGCAAAAUCAAUAUAAAAAAAGAAGAAAAGCCUGCAGAGAAAGAGAAAUGUUCUCCAGUCAAGCCACUGUCGCCUGCUGCUAAGGAGAACAAAGACUUUCCAAAAUCAGAGGAAACCAAGCAGCAGCAGCAGCAAAAAAAGAGUCCUGAAGCAGAAGUGCAGAAGGUCAAAAAGGACACUCUAGCAGAUCCUCAUGCACUUAAUGGUACCGAGCUACCAAAAGCAAAAGUCACAAAUGGCUGUAAUAACUUGGGCAUCAUCACAGACCAUUCAGCUGAGCCAUCAUUCAUUAAUCCACUGAGUGCUUUACAGUCCAUCAUGAAUACCCAUUUAGGCAAAGUUUCCAAUCCUGUAAGUCCUUCUUUGGACCCUUUGGCCAUGUUGUAUAAAAUUAGCAACAGUAUGCUGGACAAACCCAUUUACCCAACAAUUCCAGCCAAGCAAGCUGAUGCUAUUGACCGGUACUAUUAUGAGAACAGUGAUCAGCCUAUUGAUUUAACAAAGUCCAAAAACAAGCCCCUGGUUUCCAGUGUGACUGAUUCUGUCUCAUCUCCUUUAAGGGAAAGUGCCCUAAUGGAUAUUUCUGACAUGGUAAAGAACCUCACAGGGCGCUUGACUCCCAAAUCUUCGACUCCAUCUUCCGUGUCAGAAAAAUCUGAUGCAGAUGGAAGUAGCUUUGAGGAGGCACUGGAUGAACUGUCACCGGUACACAAGAGGAAAGGUAGGCAGUCCAACUGGAACCCUCAACAUCUUCUAAUCCUUCAAGCCCAGUUUGCUUCUAGCUUGAGGGAGACUCCUGAAGGCAAAUAUAUUAUGUCGGACCUGGGCCCACAGGAGCGGGUACAUAUCUCUAAGUUUACUGGUCUUUCCAUGACCACAAUUAGCCACUGGCUGGCCAAUGUGAAGUAUCAAUUAAGGAGGACAGGUGGAACUAAAUUUUUAAAGAAUUUGGACACAGGUCAUCCUGUUUUCUUUUGCAAUGAUUGUGCCUCUCAAUUCAGAACUGCUUCUACAUACAUAAGUCACUUGGAGACACAUUUAGGGUUCAGUUUGAAGGACCUGUCCAAAUUGCCACUAAAUCAGAUUCAAGAACAGCAGAAUGUUUCAAAAGUCCUCACAAAUAAGACAUUAGGCUCACUUGGAAUUGCUGAGGAGGACUCAGGCUCAACAUUCCAGUGCAAGCUCUGUAACCGAACUUUUGCAAGCAAGCAUGCAGUAAAACUGCACCUUAGUAAAACACAUGGCAAGUCCCCCGAGGACCAUCUGAUCUAUGUAACUGAGUUAGAAAAACAUUAGCGUCCAGGUAAGCAGCCAGGUAUGCAAGUGACCACAGGAACAUUGCACUAAACUUCUUCAUAGUACUGCACUAGGCCUGACCUGAGCCUCUGAAAUCAGUCUUACUUUUGUUGCUGAACUGCCUAUCUGGACCUUGGUUUUUCUUACAUAUAUUUUGUAGUUAUAUUUAUAUCCUCUUUGUCUGAUCUGUGCAUGUUUUUUUAUCUUUCUUUUCUUUUUCUGUGAGUCAAAGUCUGACCUUUAUUUUCAACAUCUGUCCUUGAUGUUAAGCUAUCUUUUGUAGAAUAUAGUGGGAGACACUAUUGAGAGACGUUAAUUUAGCUGUAAAGAAAGACACAAAGAACAAUAACAAAAAGACAUCCUAAAAUUACAAAGUUGCCAUGACAAUAAAGGUCACAGAACCCUGCAGUGUCAGUUUUUAACCCUCUGAGGACUGUAAUAGCAUUGCUGUGCCUUUCCCAAAAGAAGAUUUUUUUAUUUAAAAAAGGUGUUUAAUUUUAAUAAAACUGGGUUAAAAUGUCAAAAAAGCCUUUUUAAAAUUGCAUUCUGUGAAGAAAAGAUGCAUGCAGUUCUUUGACAGUAAUGAAAAGCUAUGAAGUGCUCAAGGGGUUAGAAAACCACAAUUAUGUUUUAAGAAAAUAAAAAUAACAAACCAAGUUGCCACUAUGCCCAAACUUUCUGGAUGCUGAAAAUUGCCACUUGGCUGGCAAAAAAGUAUGCAAGUUAUUUAAAAAAAGUGUAAAAAUGCUUUUUCUUUUUUUCCUGUAAGAUACUGCAGUUUAUAGUUAUUUACAAAUGUAAGCUUUGGUACAAGCUGACCUUUCUAUGGUGUGCUGCAUUGGUACAUGAAAACAAAGCAGAAAAAAUGGGACAAGUGUUGGAUUCAGUUCCUUGUAAAUUGCCAGCAUCAGCUUAGAAAAAAAAAAGUACAUGUUACAUAUCGUACCAUUUUAAACUGUUCAACUUCCUUUGUACCUUCUGGCUGUAUGCUUUCUCUUUUAACUUUUUAUAUUGUCAUUUUAUAUUCAAUUUCUGUGUAUAUAAUGUAAAACCACACUUUUUUGAAUAAAAUUUAGUUCUUGCAGCUUGAGUUAAAUAGAGAAAUUUUACUGGCACCUGCAUCUUCCCAGAUGCAUGUACUCAAAGGAACUAUCUGACAAAAUAAAUAAAUAAAAAUAAAGCAAGCAAUGCACUAUGAAUUAUACAUUUUAAUGUUUUAUCAUUAAUAUUGUACAGUACAUAUUUUGGCUCACACAAUUAAAUCCACUGUUUCCUCAAGUGUAAAAUAAACCCACAUGCAGUUCUUGAUUUAUGUAUAUUGUGAUGUCGUCAUUACUUUGCCUUUGAAGUCUUCAUUUCAGCAGUGAGAGG